AUGGAGGUUGACAAGUACGUACUACAUCCCGUCUGUGUGUUUCUCAUCCUAUUUCGUGUACCAUUAACAACGAUCGCUACAACUCCCUUGCCGCCCACGAUCGAAACCACCAUUGAGCCCACCGUCACGACAACGGACGCUUCUAGCACGACGGAAGAAGUGGAAAUGCCGCAAGUGCCCAUGACCGAGCAGGUUAUGGACCUCAACAUAAAGGUGAGCGACGUACCCGACCCCGACGUGUCGACGAACGUGCCGGAAUCCAGCCUGGAUCGAAAUCGGGUUAUUCGUGACGUCGCGUAUUUUAUUCGCGCUCACAAGUUCCACGACUACGAUCGCCGGUACUACAAGAGCGCGAACGAGACACCGAACCGGCUGUACGAGGAAUUCCCGCGACCCGGUCUGCGAUCCCUGCACUGGGAGGUGCGCAAGCACUGCGACGCGAGCUUCGUCGAGUGUUUGAAGUAUCUUGACAGGAUCAUUAAGCUCACGGCUCUUAGACGCGAGGACGAUACCGUGACGGUCAUGAGGGAGCGCAAGUGGACUCUGACGAAUAAUACCGAGCAAAUUCUAGCCGCUCAAAGAGAUUGUCAGACGGCACAAAAACGAGACAAUAUCACUAUGAUUCCUUUUCAAGGACCAAUCGAACGUUUCCAGUGGCGCACCACCGUCAGCUACUAUAUGUGUUGGUACACGAUGUUGGGCGUUUCGGACUUAACUAUCUUUGGCGAGUCCUGCGACAAUCACGCGAACUGCUUAGAUGAAUACGGCGUUCAUAACCAGGAUCCACGGGCGGACGACACGAAACCGUACGCCUGCGCUCUGUACAGUUUCUGUCCGGACCAUUGUUGUCCCAUGAAGCACAUCCGGUACAUGAAAGACUGCUACCAGUCGCCGCGCAAUCCUUGCUACACUGAGAAUCGACCAGUUCACCGAAGAUGCACGCUAAACCGAAACGAGAAUCAUGACUUCCAAGCGCUGACAGCGAACCAGAUAAACGUGAGCUGCGAGUGUCAUCGACCCGGGCACGAGUGGUCCUCUAGGUUCGGGCUGUGCGUCGACGUGAACGAAUGCGUUCGCGGCACGCACAAUUGCACGAGAGAUGCCGGUGAGAGUUGCGUGAACCUGCUCGGUCAUUACACUUGCGUCUGCCGACUGGGUUACGUAUACGAUGCGGAAAUGAAGCGGUGCGUCUUCAGCCCAGAAAUUGAUCGAGUGCUGAGAGGUUACGAGGACAAACCCGCGAAGCUCGCGAAAGCGAAAACUCUAUUGGACAAAAUCGUUAAGAUCAUCACCAGAUCCGCCGGAGAAAUCUCCGUGUGUAAUAGCAGAAUCAUUUGUUUAUUAAUUUUAAUUUUAUGUAUACAGUAAC